UGUUCUAAGCAGGACCCAGCACCAAGGAACAGCACUAUUUGUGACUCCAAAGGAAUGAGGAUACAGCAGAUGGGCUCUCUGGGAUUUCUAGACCGGAGCAACAUUCCCUUGGUGCUGCAGCUGCUGUUCCUCAUUCUCUUUGCUGGACUCCUGGUGGCCAUUGUCAUCCAAGUUUCCAAGAUCCCCAGCUCAGAAGAAGUUCAGUGGGAACAGACAAAGCAAGAGAAAAUGUACCAGGACCUAAGCCAACUGAAGUCUGAAAUUGAUAGCCUCUGCCGCCUCUGCCCUUGGGAUUGGACAUUCUUCAAUGGAAACUGUUACUUUUUCUCCAAGUCACAACGGGACUGGCACAACUCCAUCACUGCCUGCCAAGAAAUGGAGGCCCAACUAGUCACCAUCAAAAGUCCCGAGGAGCAGAGCUUCCUACAGCAGACUUCCAAGAAAAAUGGCUACACCUGGAUGGGGCUGUCAGAUCUGAACAAGGAAGGCGAGUGGUACUGGCUGGAUGGGUCACCUCUGUCAGACAGCCUCAGGAACUAUUGGAAUGAAGGACAGCCCAAUAAUAUUGAUGGACAAGACUGUGUGGAAUUCAGAAAUGAUGGCUGGAAUGAUGCCAAAUGCGACAAUUGGAAAUUCUGGAUCUGCAAAAAAACUGCAACUACCUGUUCCAGCAAGUGAUGACCGGAUCUUCUCUGCAGUUUGCACAGCCUAAACAUC